UGUGCAUGGUGUACCAUAUGAUACGUUAUCUAGAUGUAAGGCCAAGGUAAUCUGUUUUAAGUCUCUGGUAUUAUCUGGGACAAUUUCUGACGGUAAAACAUGGCUAACUUCAAAGAAAAAGUUGUCCUUAUAACAGGAGCAAGUUCUGGCAUAGGAGAAGCCACCGCUAUUAAGUUUGCAGAACGAGGUGCCAGAUUAUUUUUAGUGGCUCUUGAAGAGGACAAAUUGCAAAAUGUACAACAAAAAUGCAAGAAAAUGGGUUUAGUGGAAGAAAAAAUAGGAUAUUGCAGUGGUGACUUAUCUCAAUCUGCCUUCAGGGAAGAAAUUGUAAGGAAGCUGAUACAGAAAUUUGGAAGAUUGGAUAUAUUGGCUGAUAUUGCAGGCUCUGUUAUGUUUUUUAAUGUAAGUGAAACUAAGGAAGAGGAUUACGACAGAUUCGUCAGUGUGAACCAGAAGGCGAAAUUGUUUUUGGCACAACUAUGCUUGCCAUAUCUCAAAGAAACAAAAGGUAAUAUAAUCUACAUGUCGAGUAUCCAAUCCAAAAUACCGAACCCAGAAUUAGUAGUUUACUGCAUGGCAAAAGUGGCUAUUGAUAUGCUUACAAAAUGUCUAGCCAAAGAACUAGGUCCUCACGGUGUAAGAGUGAAUGCCAUCAAUCCUGGCUUCAUUGAUGAUACCAAUAUUCUUCGUAAUAGUUCUAGGAAGAAUACAGAUGAAGACCAAAAGAAGUUUGUAGACAAGUAUGCAAAACUAGCACACCUAAAAAGGGUCGGAAAACCAGCAGAUGUUGUUUCCCUCUUGCUCUUCUUGGCGUCAGAUGAAGCAUCGUACAUUACCGGGAGUACCAACACUAUCGAUGGUGGAUUUCAUUUAUAUCCUUGAACAAUAUUCUAUCAUCUCUGGUCACGAUAUGAUUCAGAUUUCAGACUUUUAGUGUAAUUAACAACCAUACUAUAUAUGGUCUGUAUUUUGGCAUUCCCUGAUUAAAAGAUGCAUCAUUUUUAAAAUAAAGUUUGAAAUGGGA